UAUAUCCAGACUCAGAUGCCACCCAGUCGUCCUGACACACCACACCUGUACCCUGAUACUGCCCCAUCAACACCAUAUACAUCUGAGAUCAGACCGGAAUAUAUCGAGCGGGAUACUGAGUUCGAGUCAAUACGCCAAAGCGUUGAGCCUGAAAUGCUGUUAGCAAACUGGCAGCGUCAAUCAACCCCAGCCCAUCAGGAUCGCUCUCUUACACCGUCCCCGAUUUCCAGGAGAGGAGACGUAGACAUGCUUGAUAGUCCACUUGGUCGAGGUGAAGUGCCGCUCAUGUCGCCCCCGAUCACCUCGGUCGGAACCAAUACUGGUCGGCCUAUUUCACCAACACGGCCGCCCAUACCGCCCAUGCCUACUGGAUUGAGUCCAUUUAAAGUGGCUAAGCGCGAUGAGAGACACAAGUCUGGAGUUCAGGGCUCAAAAGUGGACAAGCGAUCAGUAACAGGGUUGCCCACGAAAGCCAAGGCUAGGUCGAAGAGCAGGAGUAUCACCAAAAAGCUGAACUCUAAUCGUCAGCCACAUCCGACUGUAGGAGAACUUGUCGGAGGAGAACAGAGUACUAUGGAAAUUUCUGACAAUGCUGCAGUGACCGAGCCUGCACUAUUUCCUUUAGGACGGGUUGGCGCAGAAGUGGCGAAUAUUGAGGCGCAGAUCAGCCAGCGGGAAGAAAAGGACACCAAGCAGAAAGACGGAACGCCAGUACGGCGAAGCCAACGCAAGAACAAGGGUGUCAGGAAUUCCUCGGAG